AUGAUUGAGCUGGGCCUCGCUGACGGCAGCCUGAUCGACGAACUGAUGGAGAUCACGGCACAGAGCCUCAGUCAGCUGGAAAUCCAGGAACAUUUCAACAUCAUCAAGGAGAUUGGCCGAGGGAAAUACGGCAAAGUGCUGCUGGUCACGCAUCGUUUCAGGGGGACUCCCAUGGCCUUGAAAGUGAUGCCAAAAGCUUCGACUAAGCUGCAGGGCUUUCUGCGAGAGUACUGCAUCUCCUUACACCUGUCCUGCCACCCCUGUAUCGUGGGCCUCUUUGGCAUUGCCUUCCAGUCUAAUGAGCACUACUGCUUUGCCCAGGAGCUUGUGAUUGGCAGGGACCUGUUUGCUGUCAUCCAGCCAAAGGUGGGUAUCCCAGAAUCUUCGGUAAAACGUUGUGUCCUCCAGAUCGCCAGUGCUUUGGAGUUCAUCCACAGCCAUGGCCUGGUCCAUCGUGAUGUGAAGCCUGAAAACAUCCUCCUGCUGGACAAUCACUGCUGCCAGGUCAAGCUGGCAGACUUUGGCCUAGCCCAGAAGAGAGGCACUCUGAUACGCUUUAUCACAGGAACCCUGCCCUACAUGGCCCCAGAGCUUUGCACUGUGGCUCUAAUGGAGGGCCAGAAAGAAGUGACCGCUCCACCACUUAGUGUGGAGCCAAGCCUGGACACCUGGGCAUUCGGGGUGGUUAUCUUCUGCAUCCUUACGGGCUACUUUCCCUGGGAACGCUGCAUGGACUCAGACGACUUCUACCAGGAGUUUGCAGACUGGUGCAGAAUGGAGGACAGACCCUACACUGAGGAGGACAUUCCUCCUUUGUGGCAAAGGUUCACUCCAGAUGCCAUGGAGAUGUUUAGUAAGCUCCUGGCUCUGGAUGUAGAAAAGAGGUGCACAGUGGGGGAGGUGAGAGUGUUUGUGGAGAAGGACUGGCUUAAGAAGGGACAUGGCAUUGGGCAGCAGCAGACAGCAGAGAAGGAAAAAGUCAGUGACUCCAGGAAUAAUCCAGAGCAUGACAAAGUGGAGGUACAGUCUAAUACUUAG